UUUUCUUCUCCGGCGAGCCGUGCCAACGACCGAACAGUGAGCGCCCGUGUGCACCGUCGCCUCGCUCCUCUGUCUUCUUCCUCCCUGAGCCUCCUUGGCAUUGCGUUGCUCCAUGAGCCUCUGCAGCUCGGCUGCUUCCUCCUCAUCGCCUUCCCACCGCUUCCUGUGAGCCUUGGCCGCGCCUGCCGACACUGCGCCCCUCGCCGGCGCACGGACACGUCGCGUGCCGCGUGCCACCUCCUUCCCUCCUUCCCGAGCUCUUCCCGCGGCUAUAAGUAGCCCUCCCGAGCCCUCAUAGUCCACAACCCUCCCCAACCACUCGCAGCUUUCCCCCUCGCCUCAGAGCUCCCCAUCCCCUCCAAUGGCCGAAGGCCGCCGCCCAAAUUCCCCUCGGCCAGUCCAUGCUUGAAGCCCUCCCCCUCCCUUUCUUCCUCGUGCGCGGCAUCCCCAAGAGCUCACGAAGCCGCUGUUGUCGUCCGUUCUGUCGGGAAGCUCUACUUGCGCCACCUCUUCCAUGUCGAGCGCCGGCCGUGUCUUCCGAGACACGGCGCCGGCGCGGCAGGUCGCCCCGAGCCACCCUACUGCUACCUAUAGGCGCGGCAUGGAGUGGCGGAGCUCCCGCGCACAUCGCCCGGCCCUCCCGUGCCGCCAGUCGCCGGCUCUGACGAGAGCCGCGGCGCUCCUCUGCCUCGGCGUCGCGACGGAGAAGAAGGACCAGGCGGGGGAGAGAGAAGAUGCUGUGGGCCCCGCCUGUCAUUGUCUUUGUGCUGACGUGGCGGGAUCGCUGACUGGAUUAAGUGGAGACGCCUUCCACAAAAUUCGCUUUCCCCUGGAGAAAGCGUAUCCUGCCGCGGCCUCGCGCUGGAAAGCGCUUUCCCCACGCUUUUGUAGGUCAUACCCGAAGUGUUCGCUUGACCCGUCGUACUAGGCCAUAACCUUGCCAGUCCUGUGAGUUGUGGAGCCCAGCCAGAGUUGUUAUGCUGCCAAACCAAGACUUCCGCCGCCAUUUAAAUAGAUUUUCGAUGCCAUUUAAAUAGCCUUAGGAAUA